UAGAAGAGACUGGAAAUAAGGACCACACAGAAGCAACAAGGGAUAAUACAAUGGAGGAGCAAGAUGUGAUUGAUCAAUCAUUUGGAGGUGUCAAUGAAUUGUCUAUGUCUCCACCUACCUCAUUUGAUGUGAUUGGGGAGCCAUCAUCAAUUCCUUGUGCUGUUGAAAUGAUCCCAACACCUACACCACAAAUGAAUUCCACAAAAUGGAAGGAUUUGAUUAUUGGAGAAGGACAAAUAUUUCCAAAUGCCACUGCUCUUCGAGAAACAUUAUACAAGUACAGCCUAUCCCAGAAGUUUUCAUACCUUUUUAUUAAGAAUAAUCAGCAAAAGAUCAUUGUGAAGUGCAAGGUUGAUGGUUGUCCAUGGUAUAUGGGUGCAUAUUCAAUGGGAGCACAUCAAGAUACUGAGUUUUUAACUAUCAGAACAUACAAAAGUGAACACAUUCAUCAUGCACAGGACACCUUAAUUGUUUCCCACUCAGGAAGGUCAAAUUUAGCUGCUUCAAUUGUCAUUGAUGACUUGAGGUGCAAUGUUGACAAGAGUCCUAAUGAAAUUAGAAAGGACUUGUAUAAAGAAUAUGGAGUGCAAUUGAACUAUACUCAAGCAUAUAGGGUCAGGAAGAGAGCACUAACAGAAUUACAUGGUCGAGUAGAAGAUUCUUAUAAGGUAAUCCCUUGGAUGUGUGAGAGACUCAUGGAAACUGAUCCUGACACAGUUGCAAGAUGGGAAGGCUCAGAUAGCAACCGAUUUGAGAGGCUCUUCAUUGCAUAUGGAUGCUCAGUUAAAGGCUUUGUGCAAGGUUGUAGACCAAUUAUUUAUAUAGAUGGAUGUCAUUUGAGUGGUCCUUACAAAGGAACUUUAUUAUCUGCUUGUGCAUUUGAUGCAGACAAUGAGUUGUUUCCCUUAGCAUAUGGUAUUGUUAGCGGAGAAACAAUUGAUGAGUGGACUUGGUUUCUACAGAAUUUGAAGGAGAUAACCAGAUCAGCACAAGUGACAAUUGUCUCAGAUCGGAGUAAUGCUAUCAUCGGUGCUGUUAGGACAGUAUUUGAUGGUGAGAGACAUGCUUUUUGCUAUCGACAUGUGAAAGAAAAUUAUAGUGCGCAGUAUGUGAAAAUCAAUAGAGGUGUGAGACGGACCUCAGAAAAUAACAAGGAGAACGCACUUAAUUUACUUGAUGGAAUUGCAUAUGCAAGGCAUGACAAUGAGUUUAAUGUUGCAAUGGGAAAUUUAAGAUUGUUUUGUCCACAAUUGGCACAAUGGGUUGAAUCUGAUGGGGAUGUGAUAGAUGGGCGCAAAGUAAAUUUCCUUUUAAGAGAUGGGAUAACAUCACCAAUAAUCUUGUUGAGUCUUUUAAUGCAUGGAUGUUAA